AUGGAGCAUCGUCAAGUCGACCAGGCAGCGCCAUCGACGCGCCUCGCCCGAUUCGCCCGAAUGCUCCUCUCACGCGACGACACCGACAAGUGCCAUCCCUCGCCCAACAUCAACCUCUGCGAGAAGCCCUCCUCCAAUUCGAAGCAAACAGCCAUUGUCGUUGGCAUUACCGUUGGUGUCUUCCUCUUCGUUGUCGUCGUAACCCUGCUCUAUCUGCACUUCAGACGUAAAAGACUGGACAAGGCAGAGUGGCCCAAGACCAACCAGGAGCUCGAGGACUACGGUUUCGAUGUGGCUCCGUCGGGUACGGGUAAACCCAGGAAGAACAACCAGCAACCUCAGCUACCCGUAUCUCGACCUCAGCUCCGCAACGACGACUUGCAUGCUCCCGCAAAGUUAUCCCGCAACUCCCGAAACUCCCUAGACACGUUGGCGCGAUCGUUGCGAGGCCAGGAAGCCAAUCCCUACAGAGCGAGGGUCGAGGACGACGUCACGGAAGACAUGAAGCCUGUACAGCCGUCGGAUCGUGUUUGA